AAACAGUGUAUCAGCUGAGCUAUGAUAUUGAUGUUGAUCGUUUCCAAAUACUAAUAGAAUGUUUAACCAGUACUUUCGAAGACGUGAAAACUUUAGCAUUUGAUCUUCUGAUGAAAUUAUCAAUAGCAGCUGUACAAUUUCAGGAUUCUGAGAAACUGCAAGGCUUAUUCCAGGCAGCUCUGGAGCUCAGCACAAGCACGAAACCCUAUGACUGCGUAACAGCCUCCUACCUGCUGAGCUUUUUAAUCUGGCAGGAUGCUCUUCCCUGGUCCCUUUCUGUAGCUACACCCCAGCAGGAAGCAUGUGGUGAUGGAGAAAAAUCUGCUGCCGUGGUGGAAAGGAACACACUGAUGGUUAUCAAGUGCUUGAUGGAAAAUCUUGAGAAAGAGGUAGCUCAAGCUGAAAAUUCCUUGCUUCAGGCAGUGGCAUCGUUUCCAAAGUAUGGCAGCCUGCAGUUGGUGAGUGAGUGGAGACUUUUGGUGGAGAAACUCCUGUCCAUGUCCUACAGGCUUUCUGCUCGCAGCCAUCGCACUCCUUAA